UAUAUGUACCAUGUUUCCUUAAGAUAUCCAAAUUUUUACUCAAGUUAUCGCUUGUAUGGGCGGUCAGACAGACAGUCACCAGGAAUUCAACUCGCCUCGUCAUUUUGAUCAUUUACGUACAUAUAUUUACAUACAUGUACUUAUGUAAAUAUAACUCCUUAUCUACCUGGAUAAUUUUUAGGAGAAACAAACAACAGUUAGGUGAAGAAAACUAUUGUACUCUGCAGCAACAUGUUGUAAAAAGUAUAAAAAUAGCAGCACACAAGUGCCGAAGAUUAAAUGGUUUCGCGCUGAAAUAUAAACAUUAUAAUUGCACACUAAGCAUAAAUAUGACACAUUUGCACACGUUAAUGUGCGCACCCAAUCGUAUGUGUUUAGAUAAUAUACCCAGCAAACAUAUAGGCAAGCGUUUUGUAAAUUAAGAUUGCAGCAAGCUUGCAUAAAUAAGAGUUUUGCGAAUGUCGUUGACAAUUUGUUUGCAAAUGCAAGUGUUUUGCGAACGUCGUUGACAAUUUGCUUGCAAAUGCAAGUGUUUCAUAAAUUUAAGCAAAAUGUGUAGUUCUCGCCGCAAAAGAUUGUGCUAAUAAGUUGUGUUAAUAAAUUAUGUAAAAUUGUUCUUAAAGUUGUUAAAUUAAGUGCGUUUGGUACUUUUAAUUAUCAUUUGCUAUUAAAAAAGGUAAUAAUCUACUUAUUUAAUGUCUGCAGCAAAAAAGAAGAAAAGUGUUGUGCGCAGCAGCUUCGAAAUUUUUGAACAUCUAUGGAACGGUGCGGCUGCAAGUUCUGUAAGUACCCAGAGUGAAUUUGUGGAACAGGAGGUUGUGCCUGAAGCACAGAAUAAUUUAGAUUCCUUGUUGUCAAACGAUGAUUAUAUUUCUGAUGAAAGUGAGAACUCGUCCGAUGGCGCUGUUAUUGAUUUCAAUAAACGUUUAGCUGCAUGGUUUGUUGAGAGCAAUGUGUCCAAUGUGCAUGCUAAUAAAUUAUUGAACUUAUUAAGCGACAAAAUUGAAGGUCUACCAAAAGAUAUCAGAACGCUAAAACGUACGCCGACUAAUGCUCCAGUUGUCUCGUUUGCAGGUGGAGAAUAUGCGCAUUAUGGCUUGAGAGACUGUUUGACAGAUUUUUUGCGGGAAUAUAAAGUGCAUACAAAUAUUUUAGAAUUGAUCCAUCGAUGUUGGAUUGCCAAUUUCGAAAAGUUCGCUGAGGAGCGUGUGGCCUAUUUUAGUGAAUGUAAAUGGGACGGAUUCAGUUUUCGUGGUUGCUAUUUUUUGUGGACGGUCUCAUCCCAAUGAUGUGAAUAAGUUUCUGGCACAAUUUGUCGAUGAGUUGAACGAUCUUCUCCAAAAUGGAUUUUCAUACGAAAACAAAACUUUUGUAAUAAAAUGUCGAGCAUUUAUUCUGGAUGCACCAGCUAGGGCACUUAUGCUUGGAGUCAAAGGACACGCAGGCUAUAGUUGUUGCACAAAGUGCAUUCAGAGGGGCGAACGGAAAGAGAAUCGUAUGAUAUUCCAUUAUCAAAAUCAUCCUUUGCGCACAAAUAUAAAUUUUUGGCAAAGAACUGAUGUCAGCCAUCACAACCAGCAAAGUUCUUUGGAAAUUGAAAAACUUCCAAUCGACGUGAUCCAAGUAUUCGCUCUAGAUUACAUGCACGUGGUGUAUUUGGGUGUAAUGAAGGCUUUGCUUGGAUCCUGGAUAAAAGUUAAAAAUUGCAAUUAUUCUUUGCAACAAAAUGAUAUACGAAAACUAAAUACAGAAUUUCAAUCCAUUGCGUGUUACAUACCAAGAGACUUUUGUAGGAAACCACGGGAUUUAAAAGAGAUAGACCGCUUCAAAGCAACGGAAUUCCGUCAGUUCCUUUUGUAUACAGGCCAGGUUGUGCUAAAGGACAUAUUGAGUGAAGAGAUGUACAUUCAUUUUUUGCAACUUAGUCUUGCAAUGCGAAUUCUCCUCAAUGCUGAAGAUUGUGUACAAAACAACAAAUGCGCAGAGGAGCUGAUAAAGGAUUUCUUACUCAGAGUCCCUGUUUUAUAUGAUGAUUUAAUGUUAACAUAUAAUUGCCACUGUUUGAGUCAUUUGGCCAGAGAUUCCAUGCACUUUGGAUCACUAGAGACAACCAGUGCUUUCAAGUUUGAAAAUAAAUUAGGAAAAAUUAAGAAACUAGUUAAGAAAAAAAAUAAUGUUCCGUCCCAAAUUUACAACAGACUAGUUGAGCAGAGUGUACAUGGAAAUCAUCAUACAAAUAUUGUUUCUAAAAAAUCUACAGUACAAAGUGAUGGCACUUACAAAUUCGUUAAAACUAAAAACUUUUAUUUAUCAUCUAUUGCACCUGAGAACUUUUAUUUAGUACAAAAAUUACGGGCUAAGGGUACAAGACUUACAUAACUUAUAUGAUAAGCCACUUCAAUCAUCGCUUUUUAAUAUUUACCGUGCCGAAAAUCUCAGUUUUAACAAAACACCGAAUCACCAUACGCUUGACGAAGUAACAUCAAAAGUUAUAUGCUUCUACACCAGAUCGUCUUAUAUAUUUGUGCCACUCAUAGCAGAUCAUGUCGCAGAACAAUCUCAAUUACAUCGUCGACCCCAUUAAUGAUGACAUCGCAUCCUCACAAACUAUUUAUGUGAUGCAACCAAGUCCAAGCACAACAACAACUUCUUUGGAUAGUGCAACGUCGUCGGCAAUUCAAUUCAAUUAAUCAUCGACGCAUGUCAAAAGGCUGCUGAAAAGGUGGAGGAAAAAAAUAAGCUAAUAUUGUUGCGCCUAACAGAAAACGUUGAGGGGAUGCGCAAAGAAAUCAUUGAUCUUAAAAAAGCGGUAUCACAUAAUAACGCUACUAUUAUGCCGUAUGCUAAUAUUGAAGACUUCCUCAAUUUUGAGAAAACUAUUCUGGAAGAUAUAGAUAAAUUUUCCUUGCUGAAGGCAGAUCUAAAAAGAUGGUCAACAUCCAAUUCGAGAAAAUUUGUUACGAAAGCGUGGCAGAAGAUUAUGACUGACAACGUUGCUGAGAGCUUUGCCUGGCGAGGAACUGCAGAUAAGAAGUGCAUUAGGGCCUUCACUGUCGCCACUGCAAGGCAAGGAAGAGGACUUUGUGUUUGCCUCUAAGUCAUAUUUCCAGUACGCAAAAAAUCGUAUUAAAAUUAAAACAACAAAAAAAGUAAACUAAAAUACUAAGUAGUAAUGAUUUUUUAAAUGAAAAAACAAUGAAGUUCCUAUUUUUAUGUUUUAAUGUAAUAUUAUUCUAUGAAGAAACCAAAUUUAAUAUUAAAACUGAUUUUUAAAUGUAUCAAUAAAAAAACAUAUCCAAAACAAAGUAAAUGUUUAAACGCUUACUUAUUUCAUUUUCUUCGCUUACUUAAGCAUUUUCAAAACGUGUUUUAUAAGCAUUUAGAAAACGUGUAAUUACGUUACUUAAAAAACAUUUUUUGCAAUUGUCUUUUAAACGCUUAUAAAGUUGGGUCCUUUUCGAUUAUAAACCCCUUGCUUUGAUGUCUUUUGUAAAGGUCACAGCAGCGUUUUAUAAGUGUUUUGCUUACAUGUGAACGCUUACAAAACGCUUAUUUUUAUAGUAUGUAAAUGCUGGCUGGGAUAAACACAAGCGUAUCACUACAUAUCCACAUCCAUAUAAUUUUAUAUAUUUAUGUACUAUGUAUGUAUAAGACAAUAUAUUGCUUUUAAACAGAAAUUAAUUAGGGUAUUCCAUCAAACUCAUAAAUGCCUCAUAAAAUUCAUAAACUCGUAAAAUUCUGUGCCUUAUAAAUGAGCUGUCAAAAUUUGUAUGAAAAAGAGUUUAUGCGUUUCGUAUAAAAUUAUGAGGCAAAAUCGACGCGUAUUUGCUUCAUAAACUGAUAUUUUACCUAUUACGCGGCUUUUAUACGUAUGAAAAAAAGGAGCGUUCCAAAAAACUGAAGCGUAAAUUUUUUAGCUUAUAAGUUUCUACAUUUACGAGUUUGGUGGAAUACCCUAAAUGUAAAGUUUGCACAUACAUACAUAUGUAACUGUGUUAGAAGCAAAUACUAUAAACUAUCGUAUACUCGUAAAAUUAGGUAUAAACUAUGCUAUUCGCUUUAGUGCUGUAAAUUUUUGUUCUUGCUGCAUUUGGUAGAAAUAUUUUACACUUUGCCAUAUACGAACUGUCACAUUACGAAAAAAGCUGGGAUAUACAAGUAUAAGUACAUAGCAUACAUAUGCAUGUAUAGAUGUACAUACGUACAAAAAUAAUUAUAAGU